AUGAAGUUCUCUUCCACUCUCGCUUUGUCUGCUCUCGCUGCUACCGUCGCUGCUGGUGGCUGGAAUGACACCAUCACUGACACCUACUGGAUCACCACCACUGACUACGUGACUUACUGUCCUUACCCAACCACUGUGACUGUCACCACUUGUGAGAAGCACACUUGCGGUCCUAAGCACAUCACUGUGACUGAGGAGACCACUAUCACCGUCACUGGUGAGUGUGUUGUUCCAACCCACCCACCAAAGGAGGAGAUCACUACUGACUACGUGACUUACUGCCCUGAACCAACCACCGUUACUAUCACCACUUGUGAGUCCAAGAAGUGUGGUCCAAAGACUGUUGAGGUUGAGACUCCAACCACCAUUACUGUCACUGGUGAAUGUAUCAUCCCAACCGCUAAGCCAACCGAGUACACUUGGACUGACUACGUUACCUACUGCCCUGAGCCAACUACCAUCACUUACUCUUGUUACUAUGAGACCACUUGGGUUGAGACUACCUGUGAGGUUCCAGCUGCUGGCACUGUGACUCUUACUUCUUACGCUGUUAAGCCAACUGUUGAGGCUGAGUCCACCAAGCCCGCUGAGACUCCUAAGCAGAGCACUGUUGCCGAGGUUUCUAAGAGUUCUGUUGCUGUUAUCUCCACCUCUAUCUUCAGCGGUGCCUCUCCACAGAACGUGGUUGGUGGCGCUUUCGUUGCUGGUUUGGCUAUGCUCUUGUUGUAA